AUGUAUACUGAUGUUAGUUGUGAUAAAUCACAUGUUAAGAAACUGGUACAUCAUCGAUUUUUGAGAGGUAGAAUCCAGUAUUUUUCAAAUUCAGUUGCAACAAUUCAAACUGAACUUUUAAUUAGUGGGGAUGUUCAACUUAAUCCAGGUCCUCGAUGUUUAAUAAACAAAAUAAACAGGGAUUCUGAUCAACAUUUAAGACCAGAGUUAUGCUACAAUAAAGAUGAAUUGUUUAAUUUGAAGCCAGUGAGGCUAAUUAGACUGCCGAAUAAUUUAUGGUCAAACAUUUACUCACUUGGAAUAGCGAAAACAUGUCAUCGGGGAAAAAAAGCUGGUAGACGCAAGCGGAGAAACAUUCCUGUACAUAUAACAGUAAGAACAUCUGAUAUAAAAAGUUUAAAGCAUGAAACUUGUCAUAUUCUCUCUGUUCCAAAACCAAACUUUUCAGCAAUGAAUAUCUGUGUUGGGAAUGCCCGUUCAUUGAGAAAAAAAUCAUUGCUAACCUGUGAUUAUUUGAUCGAGCAUGAUAUUGACGUAUUCAUCAUAACUGAAUUUUGGCUUAGAGAUGAAGAUAAAACUGUUAUUGGAGAAUGCACUCCACCUGCAUAUGUGUUUUUUAGUUCUCCUCGGAAGACAGGAAGUGGAGGUGGAAUUACAGUAAUAGCAAAGCGUGAACUAAAGCUAUGUAUGAAAGGGGUUUGUAGCUUUGUAACAUUUGAACAUGUUCACCUUGCCAACCUGUCAGUGCUACAGGGAACAUUACUCGUUGCUGGAGAUUUUAACUUCCAUGUGGAUACCCCUGACAUGGCAAAUGUUAAUACAUUCUUAAGAGCAACAGCGGCUGCUAGCUUGAAGCAACAUGUCUCUGAACCUACCCAUAUCCAUGGACAUACUCUGGAUUUAGUGUUCACAAGAGAUGAUACGUCUGUGAUUAAAAAAUGUGUUGUUUCCGAUAAACGCAUGUCAGAUCAUUUUGUUGUGCAUGUACAAGUUGACAUGCUAGUCCCAAAACCAGAGAAAAUUUAUCAAGUGUCACGUGAUUUUAAGUCAAUAGAUAAGGAAGGGUUUUUGAAGGAGUUGCAGGAACCUAUUGAGACCUACGUGCACCAUGGGGAUGUUGAAUCAGCUUUCCAGUGGUACAAUAACUCACUGCGCGAUCUUCUUGACAAAUUUGCUCCACCAUCUGUGAAGAAAAGGCAAGUACGUCUAAGGAUGCCCUGGUACAACGUUGAGGUUCACCUUGCUCGUCGUGAGAAACGUCAGGCUGAGCGUAAAUGGAGAAGAAUUUACUUAGAUACUGACUAUCAACAUUUCUUGGUGAAGCAACGGGAAGUUACAAGUUUAAUAUGUCGUACAAAGAUUGCAUACUUCAAGAACCUGUCUGAUACUCAUGAAAUAAAGGAUAUUUAUAGGGUGUUAGAUACUUUGUUACACAGAAAACAACCAUCUCUUCCUGUAUAUAAUUCAUUGAUAACAUUGUGUAACAAUUUCUCCACUUAUUUUUUUGAUAAAAUACAUAGAAUUCGGAGAGAUUUAUGUAAUGACCACUUCAAUGCAGUUUAUGAUCCAUGUGAGAGAGAUUUACAAUGUUCUAAAUCACUGUCCAGUUUUGACUUAAUAAGUGAAGAUGAAUUGUUAAAAAUUAUACUUGCUUCACCUAGUAAGUCAUGUUGUUUAGACCCUGUUCCUACCUGGUUUCUCAAACAAAAUAUUAAUACAAUGCUUCCUCUUGUUACAGACAUUGUUAAUGCUUCAUUUGCUACAGUUGAACUGGGUAAAUUAGAACCAAAUGCUCUCAGUAUGGAAGAUAUCACUGCACUUUGCGGAGGCAAAAAGGCAGUAGACAAGCAGCUUGCAAAAGGCAACCGACUCUGA